AUGGUCCAGAUCAGUGAAGUGAAGGGCAACUCGCGCGAGAACAGAACCGCUGCGCAUACACACAUUCGGGGUCUAGGCUUGCGCUCUGAUGGCACUCCAGAGAACAAUGCCGAUGGAUUUGUGGGACAAGGAGCUGCCCGCGAGGCAUGUGGUGUUGUGGUGGAUUUGAUUAAGUCAAAGAAGAUGGCUGGGCGAGCUGUCCUGCUUGCCGGUGGCCCUGGUACUGGAAAGACUGCUCUGGCUCUUGCUGUAUCGCAGGAACUGGGAACCAAGGUUCCUUUCUGCCCAAUUGUUGGCAGCGAAAUCUACUCUGCAGAGGUCAAGAAGACCGAAGCAUUGAUGGAGAACUUCCGGAGAGCUAUUGGCCUCCGUGUUCGCGAAACUAAGGAAGUUUAUGAGGGAGAGGUGACAGAGCUUACCCCCGAGGAGGCUGAGAACCCACUGGGCGGAUACGGGCGCACGAUUAGCCAUCUGAUCAUCGGAUUGAAGUCCGCCAAGGGCUCCAAGAAGCUGCGCCUAGACCCCAGCAUCUACGAAGCCAUCCAGAAGGAGCGUGUCACAAUCGGAGAUGUUAUCUACAUUGAAGCCAACACCGGCUCAUGCAAGCGAGUUGGGCGAUCCGAUGCGUAUGCGACCGAAUUCGAUCUCGAGGCUGAGGAGUAUGUGCCUGUCCCCAAGGGUGAGGUUCACAAGAAGAAGGAGAUUGUUCAGGAUGUGACGCUUCACGACCUGGAUAUGGCCAACGCCCGGCCCCAGGGCGGACAAGAUGUGAUGAGCAUGAUGGGCCAGCUGAUGAAGCCUAAGAAGACGGAAAUUACGGACAAGCUGCGCCAGGAAAUCAACAAGGUUGUUAACCGGUACAUUGAUCAGGGUGUCGCGGAGUUGGUUCCCGGUGUUCUCUUCAUCGAUGAGGUACACAUGCUCGAUAUUGAGUGCUUCACAUAUCUGAACCGUGCGCUCGAAUCGAGCAUCUCCCCGAUCGUCAUCCUCGCCUCCAAUCGCGGUCACACCGUUAUCCGCGGUACCCACGAAAUCAGCGCCGCACACGGUAUCCCCCCUGAUCUGCUUGCCCGUCUUCUUAUCAUCCCCACCAACCCCUACGCCCCCGAGGAGAUCAAGACUAUUAUCCGGCUGCGCGCCAAGGUCGAAGGCCUCAAUAUCACAGAACCUGCCUUGAACAAGGUCUCUGAGCAUGGCAGCAAGGUCAGCUUGCGGUAUGCCCUGCAGCUGUUGACCCCCGCAAGCAUUCUCUCGCGCGUCAAUGGUCACCCCGGCGCAAUUGAGGAGGUUGAUGUUGCCGAGUGCGAGGACCUUUUCCUGGAUGCCAAGCGCAGUGCAAUCAUUGUUGAUCAGGAUAGCAAGAAUUUCCUGCAAUAG